UACAAAGUGAAAGAAGUAGAGGAAGAUUACGUGGCCAGGCAGAACAGCAGGGAGCUCUCGCGGUUGAAAUUGAAUAAGAUCUUUGAUAUUAAGGUGAACAUUUCCCAGGUUAACUUUGCCAUCGUUAAGAAAUGGAUCUUUGUACAAUUGAACCAAAUACUACCAGAUGACGAUAUUGUGAUGGACUAUCUAUGUGAGAUGCUCACGCAAGAUGAGAAUCCGGACAUCAAGGUGAUUCAUUUGCAGAUGAAAGAGUUUAUGGGAGAGGAUGACUCGAAGAAGUUUUGCAAAAAACUAUGGUUGUUGUUAAACAGUGCUCAACAAGAUCCUGACGGGAUACCGAAAGAGAUAUUAGAGGAAACCAAAAGGAAGCUCGAG